GACAGCAUGGCGGGCAACGCGGGGGAAGGGAAGAAGCCGCAGAAAGAGCAACGCGAUGCCGAGAAAACGAGCCAGGCUUCGGGGGCAGGGGAGGGCCAAGGGAGCGCCCCCGAGACGGUGUUCCCGCCGUCUUUCAGUGUCUCUGAAAUUAAGAACAAGCAACGGCGCCAUUUCAUGUUCCUGCGCUGGAAGCAGCAGCAGAGGAAGGAGAAAUUAGCCAUUAAGAAAAAGAGAAAAAAAGAGCGAGAAGCACUUGGAGACAAGGCACCACCAAAGCCAGUACCAAAGACAAUUGAAAACCAGCGUGUGUAUGAUGAAACCACAGUUGACCCAAAUGAUGAAGAGGUUACUUUGGAUGAAGCUACAGAUGAAUUUGCACCCUACUUCAAUAGGAACACUCUUCCAAAGAUUCUUAUCACAACAUCUGACAGACCUCGUGGGAGAACUGUGAGGUUCUGUAAACAAUUAUCAACAUGUAUUCCAAAUUCUCAUGUUUACUACCGAAGAGGACUGGCUCUAAAAAGAAUUAUUCCACAAUGUAUAUCAAGGGACUUCACAGAUCUAAUAGUUAUCAAUGAAGAUCGUAAAAUACCAAAUGGGCUUGUGUUAAGUCACUUGCCUGAAGGCCCAACUGCUCAUUUUAGGAUGAGUAGUGUUCGUCUGCGUAAAGAAAUAAAGAGAAAAGGGAAAGAUCCCACAGAACAUCAGCCUGAAAUAAUCUUGAACAACUUUACAACACGGUUAGGCCAUUCCAUCGGACGAAUGUUUGCAUCUCUCUUCCCUCAUGACCCUCAGUUUGUCGGUAGACAAGUAGCCACAUUUCACAAUCAACGUGACUAUAUAUUUUUUAGGUUUCAUAGGUAUAUCUUCAAAAAUGAGAAAAGAGUGGCAAUUCAAGAACUUGGCCCACGUUUUACCCUGAAAUUAAGGUCUCUUCAAAAGGGAACUUUUGAUUCCAAGUUUGGAGAAUAUGAAUGGAUUCACAAGCGUCGUGAAAUGGACACAAGUCGAAGAAAAUUCCACCUAUAAGAGUAGACUGAAGAUGAAGUGGCCAUUUAUUUUUUGGCUGUGUUAACAAGAACACAGGAAUUGGGAUAGUGUUGCCUUAAGGCUAUUCCUGCUCUGUAUGGACAAACUUCAAACAAAUGACUAUUACUGUUGGACUGGUGCCUGUUGCUUUCAGUGCCUUUGGAUAGCUUUCUAAUUGUGCCAUUUAUUUACAAAUGCCAGAAGACUUCAUGUUAGUGUCAAGAAAACUGCAUCAUUUGCUGUCCACUUAUACCAAGAGAUUAUGAAGUCUUCUCAGAAACAGUAUUUUGUGUAACACAGUCCUCUGCCAUAGGUGAAACACACGUAUUUUAUGACAAAUCCUGCUAUACAUCUUAAAUAACAGCACAGGCUGUAAGUGAGUUGGUUAUCAAGUUGCUAAAAGUAAACAUUUACUAUCUCUCAACUUUCAAAACUUUCCAAUGGUUUUAUAUUUCAGAAUAUUAGAACUGUUUGGUUCUUAAGGUCAAGUAUGCAAGAUUUGUUUAUUAAAGUGAGGGAAGAAGUAAAAGUAUUCAAACCAGAAGACUUGUGGGGAAAAGUCUAUAUUUGACACUGAAAAUGUAGAGUUGCUUUCUUUGGGUUAAUAUUUAUAAUAGUGUCUAGACAUUUACCAUGUCUGGCUUUCUAAAAACUAAUGUAGUUUCAGUAAGUGAGAGAAUAAAGCCACAUGGUACAGGUUAGAUGAAAAUCAUUAUUUUAAAAAUCAAAAUUAACCUGUUGGGUGUUUUACUGUGGUUUUAAUUUUUGUGAACCGCCCAGAGAGCUUCGGCUAUUGGGCGGUAUAAAAAUGUAAUAAAUAAAAUAAUAAAUAAUAAAUAAAAUAAAAUGCUGGGAUUUUGAAAGAAGAACUUGGCCAAUAUUAAAUAGCAGGCAUCUGCAUGCCACACUAAGCUAUAUAGUUUAGCGUUACAUAUUUGAACCUUGGAUUUGUGCACUCAGCCUUUGCUCUUUCCUGGUGGGGCAAUGAGAAAGCGCUGGCUUUGAUUUUGAGCAAACUGCAGUUUGCUAUGUCAGAACUGGGGUAAAUUGUGUUAACUACAGUUCAUCCAAAUAAACUAAGUUCAAAAUAUA